CUUCAGACAAAACAAAAUAAAAAAAAUUACUCGAAGAACAACAAAGGAAUUUAAAAAUAAAAUAAUAUAAAGAUUAAUCUUUAAAAAAUAAGGAACAAAAAGUGAAUUAAGUGAAAGAUUAUGUUUUAGCUUCAAUUUAACACUCGAAUAUUAUUAUUAAGAUUUAAAGAUGCACAUGCACAUGAGCUUUUGGUGGGGAACCGACCUUGGGGACCUGCUUAUUAAAGGAUUAACAAUAAAUGGAGCUACAGCUGUGAUAUUUUUAUGCAUCUCAUUAUUCAUUCUGUCGAUAUUAUCUGAGGCUUUAAAAGUCCACAAAACACGCUCGAAAGCCAAAACUGCUCGGGAUCAAAGAUCAGCUAACACCGAAACCACAGCUCUCCUAAAUAUCACUAGCACUAGAAAACCUCUAGUUGAGGAUGUCUUGAAAGCAAUGAAAGACGUAUCAAUGUUUGCAUUUCAUAAUAUAUUAUCAUAUGGACUUAUGCUUGUUGUUAUGAUGUACAAUGGCUACGUCUUUAUUGCUGUAAUAUUUGGAUCAUUUUUUGGAUAUUUAUUGUUCGGACACAUUUCAAUGAAGACUAAUAUGGAGAAUUUACAAGCUAUACAGACUAAAAUAAUGUGUAAAACAAGAUAUACAACUUCCGAUGAACCAUGCUCGUCUGGAACCACGCCAGUCAUAUCACAUUGUUCAACAAUAACAGGUGAAUCAAGUAGAAGUGGAGUUACUGUUAUGCAAAGCAUGCAAAAGCCAGUGAGCGAUGAAACAUCGAUAAUCAAUAAGAAUGAUGAGGAAUGUUACACAUAAUUUAUCGAAAAAUUAGAAAAUUUACUGAUAUUCACACUUACUCUUUUUUUUGUGGUAAACUGUUCAAUUUUUAAAUCUUAUUUGUUUUUAUAAUAAAAGGUUUAAAAUUAAAACUGGA